GCGUCUUCCGCCUCUGUAGUUUCUGUAUCCGCAGAGAUGGCGAUGAUCGGACGUCUCUCCCAGAAGCUCUUAAAAUCUUCUGCUCUGAUCCAGAGCCGUCAGCUCUCAGCUGCAGUUCACGGCGAGCAAGCAGCCAAGACAUGGAAGAUUCUGUCGUUUGUGGUGGCGCUGCCUGGAGUGGCUGUGUGCAUGGUGAACAUGUACCUGCGGGCACAGCAGCACGACCACGGACAGCCCGAGUUCGUUCCCUACAGCCACCUGCGCAUCCGCAGCAAGCGUUUCCCAUGGGGUGAUGGCAACCAUUCACUCUUCCAUAACCCCCACGUCAAUGCUCUUCCCGACGGCUUUGAGCAUCACGAUGAGUAAAGAGUGUUUGGAACGUACCCCCAACAGGGACCAGAGACCUGGACCACUUCUCAGUUUUAUUCAGUUUACGUGACGUCUCUUCAGUUUGUUGAGCUUACCUCUGUGCUGUCCACCUUCUGUGAAAGCACCUUACGGAAAUAGUGACACCUACUCCUGGACCAUUGUAUCACAUUAUCUGCUUCAUCUUAAUUGAGAAUAAAUAUAUCUUCUUUAAAUUAUAAA